CUCGCCAGGUAAGCACAGGCCGGGCAGGACGGUGGGAGAGGCCCGGGGACACCCUGCCAGGUGCGUCCCUGAGGAAUUUGGGGAUUCUCCCGAUGUCUCCACGCUCUGACUCACGGCCUUGCCCUCCUUCCCCGCAGCCUUUAGCCCGGAAGAUGGCGGGUGGCGUGGACGGCCCCAUAGGGAUCCCGUUCCCGGAUCACAGCAGCGACAUCCUCAGCAGCCUGAAUGAGCAGAGGAACAAUGGGCUGCUGUGCGACGUGGUCAUCCUGGUGGAAGGCCAGGAGUUCCCCACCCACCGCUCCGUCCUGGCGGCGUGCAGCCAGUACUUCAAGAAGCUCUUCACCUCAGGGUUAGUGGUGGACCAGCAGAACGUGUAUGAGAUAGACUUUGUGAGUGCGGACGCGCUGUCGGCGCUGCUGGAGUUCGCCUACACCGCCACCCUCACCGUCAGCACUUCCAACGUCAACGACAUCCUCAACGCCGCCACGCUGCUGGAGAUCCCGGCCGUCAGGGAUGUCUGCACGGAUCUCCUGGAGAGGAAGAUUCUGGCCAAAAAUGACCAGAUGGAUACAGUAGAUCAAAUUGAUCAGAGGAACCAUCUCAGAGCAAAAGAGUACCUGGAGUUCUUCCAGAGCAACCCCGUGAACGGCCACCAAGGCAGCUUUCCGUGGACCAACCCAGAGUUGAGAGACCUUCAGAGACUGAACUUCCGAGGCCAAGAGGAGGAGGAGGAGGCGAACUGCAACGGCCUGGACUUCUACUCGCAAGCCACCCCAACCGAAAGACCAAAGGCAAGUGACUGUGACCCCGACAGCAACCCGGCCAUGUGGCUGGAGCGCGAGGACGAGGAGCAG